GCGUCUUCUCCACUUUGUCAUAGGGGUCGUCCGACGAGUAGGUAUUAAAUACAGUGUUGUCUCAUUGUGUGUGGGAGAAGCUUAGAACAUGGUCUCAUCAGAUGAUGAGGAAGAGACAGUUGCAGAUACUAUCUCAGAAUACUAUUUCUGUGACGGGGAUGACGAACCCCUUUCAUUUUCAGUGUUACCUCUGCAAUGGAGUGAGAGUGAGAGUGAGAGUUCAAGCCCUACUACAGGAAUCUUUUUGAGGGGCACUGCAGAUAAUGGUCUUCAAAAGCUAUACAAAGCAGUUAAGGCAUGGAAGUAUGAUUUAUCAAAAUCUAAUCCUGAGAUUUCAGUGCUUUCCAAAGAUAACCACUGGAUCAAGCUUCAAAAGCCUAGAAAGAGUUUUGAAAAUGAGAUCAAGACAAUUCUGAUUACUGUGCAUUGCCUAUCCUACUUGAAAAGAAAACCAGAAGCAUCAGCGAAAUCUCUGUGGGACCACCUCUCUAAAGUUUUCAGUUUGCACGAUGUCAGGCCUUCAGAGAAUGAUUUGAGAGGUCAUAAGAGCUUCAUUAGAGAUGCUGUAGACAGGGAUGAAACAUUGGCGAAAUCCAAGGUUUUGGCUGCAUUUUUGGAGAAUCCCAGAAAGAGGAAAGUUUCUGAGGAGGCUGAAGCUGCUACAAAGCCGAGCUUUAUAGUUGAUGAUGCAAAUGAUGAUGACUUUGUCAUAGAGGCCAAUGAAGAUAGUGAGUCGGAUGAAGAGGAGGAUCCUUUUGAUUCAGUUUGUGCUAUAUGUGAUAAUGGUGGUAGACUUACCUGUUGUGAUGGGAAAUGUUUUAGGUCAUUUCAUGCAACCCCAGAUACUGAGGAGGCAGAAGAAUCCAAUUGUAAAUCUCUUGGUCUAACUCCUGACCAAGUGAAGAGAACACAACAAUUCCUGUGUGAUAAUUGUUUGUAUAGCCAACACCAAUGCUCUGUUUGUGGUAAACUAGGGUCUUCUGAUAAAUCUUCUGGUGCUGCUGAGGUUUUUCGUUGUAGUUCUGCAACUUGUGGCCACUUUUAUCACCCAAAAUGUGUAGCAAAGAUACUACAGCCGAAUGUUGAAGCUGAACAGAAGAAUCUUCUAGAAAAAAUCAGUGCAGGGGAACCGUUCAUAUGCCCUGCCCACAAAUGCGAUGUCUGUAAGCAAACAGAAAAUGAAAAAGUGGAAGACUUGCAGUUUGCUAUUUGCAGGCGAUGUCCAAAAUCAUACCAUAGGAAAUGCUUACCAAGGGGUAUUAUGUUUGAAUCUCAAGUUGGUGAUGACGACAUAGUCCGAGCUUGGGAUGAUCUUUUGGGUAAAUCCCGUGCAUUGAUAUAUUGCUUAAAUCAUGAUAUUGAUAAGAAGCUCGGCACCCCUGCAAGAACCUUAAUAUUUCGAAUUAAUCGCCAUAGCAUUAGCAAUAUGGAUCAACCAUCAAAACUGCCAUUGAAGAAUAAGGAAACAUUAGAUACAGAUUCAGAAUACACAAGCAAGAAGCCUGUUACUGUUAUCAAGUCACAGAAAGGUGGCGAAAAAUCUUCAGCCACUAAAAUGGAAGAUUCAUCUUCCAAGAAGAGAGCAGCAGUUGGGUCGGUGCCCUUGGAGAAGAAGAAGAAGAAACCAGCAGACACCUCUCUAUCUCUAAGGAGGUCUUUGUCAGCAAAAAUCAAGAUGCCUAGCUCUAGCUCAAAUGAUGGUCAACCUAGCUUGGGGUGUAGAUUGUUUGAAUAUAUGAAUAAAGGAACGGAAUCAAACAAUUUGGAGAAGGAUGACAUGUCAGUUGAUGAGAGCAAGCAAAUGUUAUCUCCUAUAGAUGAAGAAUCAAAACAGAGAAUAUUGGAUCUGAUGAAAGAUGCUGCUUCCUCUAUUACACUGGAGGAGGUGAAGAGGUACCACACAGAGAAAGUACCAUCAACACAUGCAAUGUCAUCAAGAGUGGACAAAUCCAUCAUCUUGGGCAGAGUGGAAGGUGCUGUGGAGGCUCUUCAUGUAGCUUUGAAGAAGCUUGAAGAAGGAUGCAGUGUUGAAGAUGCAAUGGCUGUCUGUGAGCCUGGUGUUCUUGACCAGUUAAUGAGGUGGAAGGAUAAGCUCAAAGUCUACCUUGCACCAUUUCUGCAUGGCAUGCGUUAUACAUCUUUUGGUCGUCAUUUUACAAAAGUGGAAAAGCUGGAGAAGAUUGUUGAGAAGCUCAAAUUUUAUGUUGAAGAUGGUGACACAGUGGUUGAUUUUUGCUGUGGGGCAAAUGACUUCAGUUUCCUUAUGAAGAAACACCUUGAUGAGAUGGGAAAAAACAAGUGCUCUUACAAAAAUUACGAUAUUACCAGACCAAAGAAUGAUUUCUACUUUGAGAAGAGGGAUUGGAUGUCUGUUCGUCCAAAUGAAUUGCCAAAACGCUUGAAAUUGAUCAUGGGACUAAACCCUCCAUUUGGGAAAAAUGCUGCUCUUGCAAACCAGUUUAUACAACAGGCAGUUAAAUUUAUGCCUAAGCUUAUCAUUCUUAUUGUUCCCCCUGAAACUGAAAGGUAUAUAAUAUAUAAUGACAUACAAGUGGAUGUUCCUCUUCCUGUUCCUGUUCCCCUUAUCCUUGAUGAUCUUCCAACAGAUAAAACACAAAAGGAAAGGGAAACCCCUAAAAAGAAGCAGCAGGCCCAGUCCAAUCAGACUUCAUUUUCAAAAAAGAGAAGAGGGAAACAAGUGGAUAAACAAUCUCAGAAGAAACUUAAACUCGAGGAUAAUAAAUAUUCUCGUGGUCAAGGUCAGGAUUUAGACGAUAAGCCAGUUCCUGAACCACCCAAGAAACUUGACAUUAAGCGUCCUUCCCCGGGUCCCACUCCCACUCCCAUUGUUGAAGAUGAAGCAAGUCAAUCGUUUGAGCACCGACAUUUGGAGAGGAGGUAUAACCCAGCGCCACCGCCACCAACCUCUGAGGUGAUGGAUUAUAAUAGCUCUGCCUCUCGCUCUCGGAAUGAUAUACUAGGUCAAUCGGUCAACCAACAUCGGUACAAUACCCCCACCCCUACCACCACUGAAGAAGCACCACCUUACAUGGGCGGUAGUGGUACAACAUAUAGGCGACCCGAUUCUGCUAAUAAUAAUAAUAAUAAUCUCCCAACUCCUAGCAGCGGUUAUUCGAUGAGACCCGCUGAGCCUUCUGUUCAGUAUCAUCAUAAUGCGGGUCCGGGUCCGGGUCCAGGGGGGUAUGAUAGUAGGGGGGGAUCUUAUGUUGAUGAGAUGGGGGCCGGGGGUUCAAGGAGAUACGGUGGUCAUGAUAUGGCAUCAUAUAAUAACAACAGCAACAGGGCCGGCACAUCUACAAUGCAACGGUAUGCACCCAGGCUGGACGAGCUCAACCAUACAAGGAUGGACGACAUGAAUCACUCCAGAAUGGGAAUGGGAAUGGGAAACUCCAGACGACCUGAACCACCACCUAUGCCUAUGCCUAUGGGUAUGGGUAUGGGUAUGGGUAUAGGGAAUAAUAAUAAUCAUAAUAAUAGGGGCUUUGGGGGUUAUGGUCCACCCAUGCAUGGACCUGGCUUCGGUACGGAGCCCAUGGGGUUUGCCCCUGGUCCAUACAACCCCUAUUCACACCAUAAUUCCUCGGGUGGUUGGCUCAACGAGUAG